AUGGCGCCGCUCCCCGCGCCCACCGCCGCCUCCGCCUUCCUCUUCCAUGCCCCGCCGCGCGGCCACCACCACCACCACAAGCCAAAGCCCGCCUCCAGCUCCAGGCCCACCACCACCCUCUGCUCCGCCGCGCCCUCCUCCACGCCCUCCCUCGCCGACCAGCUGGAGCCGCUCUCCCGCAUGCUGCUCACCGACAAGCCCACCCCCGCCGCCGACCGCGCGCAGCGCCCCACCCCGGAGCCCACCUGGGUCAACCCCUCCAGGCCGCGCCCCACGGUGCUGUCCCUCCGCCGCCAGCGCCGCCGCCCGGCCGCCAACCACCCCUCCUCGGCGCCGCUCCAGCCGCUGCUCCGCGACCUGCGCGCGCUGCCGGAGGACGCCGACCUGGCGCCCACCCUGCACGCCUUCUUCCCGCUCCCGGGCUCCCCGCCCACCUCCUCCGACGCGCUGCUCCUCCUCAACUACCUCCACCCGUCCUGGCGCAAGACGCUCUCCCUCCUGUCCUACCUCCGCGCCCUCCCCGCCGACGCCGGCUUCGCCGUCGACACCAUCCUCUUCAACGUCGCCCUCAAGUCGCUCCGCGCCGCGCGCCGCUGGGACGAGGCGGAGCGGCUGGCGCUCGACAUGCUCGACUCCGGCGUCCCGCUCGACAACAUCACCUACUCCACCCUCAUCACCGCCGCCCGCCGCUGCCGCCAGUUCGCCAAGGCCGUCGAGUGGUUCGAGCGCAUGUACUCCCCCGCCAGCGGCGUGCUCCCCGACGAGGUCACCUACUCCGCCGUCCUCGACGUCUACGCGCAGCUCCGCAUGAAGGAGGAGGUGCUGGCGCUCUUCGACCGCGCCCGCGGCAGCGGCUGGAAGCCCGACCACGUCGCCUUCGCCGUGCUCGCCAAGAUGUUCGGCGAGGCCGGCGACUACGACGGCAUCCAGUUCGUCUUCAAGGAGAUGCGGGAGGUGGGCAUCAAGCCCAACAUCUUCGUCUACAACGCGCUGCUCGAGGCGCUCGGCAAGACCGGCAAGCCGGGCCUCGCCCGCAACCUGUUCGAGGAAAUGGCCGCCGAAGGCGUCGAGCCCAACGCGCGCACGCUCACCGCCGUGGCCAAGAUCUACGGCCGGGCGCGCUGGGGCCGCGACGCGCUCCAGCUCUGGGACCAGAUGCGCGAGAGGAAGAUCCCCGCCGACAGCAUCCUCUGCAACACGCUGCUCAGCAUGUGCGCCGACGUGGGGCUCGUGGCCGAGGCCGAGCAGCUCUUCGAGGAGAUGAAGAACCCGGACCUCACCGACGUCCCCCAGCCGGACAAGUGGAGCUACACGGCCAUGAUCAACAUCUACGGGAGCAUCAAGGACGCCGACCGCGCGCUCCAGCUGUUUGUGGAAAUGCUCCAGAGCGGCAUAGAGGCCAACAUCAUGAGCUACACCAUCGUGAUCCAAUGCCUCGGCAAGGCGAACAGGAUACGGGACGCUGUGGAGGUGCUUGAGGCGGGGCUGGAGAGGGGCCUCAAGCCCGAUGACCGUCUAUGCGGGUGCCUGCUCUCCGUCGUCGCGCUAAGCACCGGUGAGGAGACGGAGCUGGUGCUCGGCUGCCUCGAGAAGUUCAACGGAAACCUGGUCAAGCUGAUCAGGAUGCUCGGAGACAACCAGGUGGGCACCGACGAGCUCAAGGACCAGCUCAAGGCCGUGCUGAACGCCGCGGAGACCGAGGUGCGCCGGCCCUACUGCAACUGCCUGAUUGACAUAUGCCAGAACCACGGCCUGCCUGCCCGGAGGCCGAGGGAGCUCUUCCGGUUCGCCCAGGGCUACGGCCUCUACUCCAAGCUCCACAUCAGGAAGGACGACGAGUGGCUGCUGGACCUGCGGUCGCUCUCGGUCGGCGCGGCCAAGACGGCAUUUGAUGACUGGAUGGCGGCCCUCUCGGAGCGCGUGACGCAGGGCCAGCCCCUGCCGCAGUCCUUCAACGUGUUCACCGGGUCCAGCACCCACAAGUUCGCGCAGGGGCUGGCCAGCGCCUUCGCCGCCCACCUCGAGGAGGCCGCGGUGCCGUUCCGCCCCAGCGAGUCCCAGGUCGGCAGCUUCGUCAGCUCCAGGGUUGAGCUAGUGCCGUGGCUGCAGACAAGCAGUUCAUCGUCUCGGGUCGUCGCGGGAUGAUUGAUAGCUGAACAUUGCCGAGAUGGGUUUUGAUGCUGAAUGCUCCCAGUCCCAUGGAUUGGCGAAGGAUGACUGAACUGGGGGUGUUGUCUACUAGGCUCAUCAUCCAGUCAGUGCAGUGCAUGCAUUAGUUAUUAGGAAGUCAAGUAUGAUCUCUGAUCUCUUCUUCAUAAGGAGUAUGCAAUGUAGUUCCUCCAUACAGAGAGAGAUACUGUCCAGAAACGAUUGACCUGGUUCAUCGUACCUACUUAGUUAUGUAGGGUAAUGAUUCUGUAUGAAAAUUUUGAAAAGCAACUUCUCAAAUACCAGAACUUACAGUCUCA